AUGCCUUUAAAAUGGGAUUUAGUGUACUAUCUAAAUAAAGAUAAAGAUGGUGUGACCAUGUUUAGGAGAUAUAGUUGCUACAAGGAAGGUGUAAAACGCAAGUACGAAGGUGAUGUGAUGCCAAAGAGGACACGAUCACCGACGAAAACGGGGUGUGGAGCUAAAAUGAUUAUCGUGUUACUUAGAGGGACAAUGAAAUACCGUGUGCAUGACCUUGUUUUAGAACAUAACCAUGAGUUGCACAUUACUCAAUGUUCGCACAUGAUACCAUCACAAAGAAAAAGCCAUGAGCUUAUGGGAAAGGAGGCAGGUGGCUUGGGAAAUGUGGGAUAUACUCGGGAAGAUCUAAAACGAUAUCUUCGUACUCGACGGGAAAGGAGUUUGAAAUACGGAGAAGCAGUCACAUUCGACACAACCUACAAAACAAAUAAAGAAUACCGGCCUUUUGGAGUGUUUGUGGGUUUUAACCAACAUAGGCAAUUUGUGAUAUUCGGUGCUGCCCUUAUGUAUGAUGAGACUAUAGAUUCUUUCAAAUGGGUGUUUGGUACAUUUCUAGAAGUAAUGUACGAAAAGCGUCCAAGUACCAUACUAACCGACCAAGAUCACGCCAUGGCAGCCGUUCUUUCAGUUGUCAUGCCUGAAACAUUUCACGAUCUAUGUACGUUUCACAUAAGAUGUAAUUUUAUGAAACAUCUUGACAAUCACUACAAGGAAAAUAGUGACCUUCCAUACAUGUUUGGUGCCUGCAUGUAUGACAUUGAAGAAGUGAAACAAUUCAACAAGUUGUGGGAGGCGAUGGUGAAGAAGCACAAUCUUGAAAAUAAUGAAUGGCUUUCCGGGCUGUAUCGAAUUCGUGAUAAAUGGGCAAGGUGCAUGAUGAAAGAAAGAUGGACUGCGGGAAUGCGAAGCACCCAACUUAGUGAAAGUCUAAAUGCAGCAAUAAAAAAUUAUUUGAAACUGGAUCACGACCUUGUGCAGUUCUUUAGACAUUUCAAUCUGGUGGUUGAUGAUAAGAGACAUAAUGAACUCAUUGCAGAAUAUGAAAUGAGGCAAAAGCUUCCCAUGGUAGGGUUGAGGCAAACACUUAUGCUUGUGCAUGCAGCAGAGACGUAUUCACCAACCGUAUUUGUUGCAUUCCAAAAUGAAUAUGGUGAGUCAACAUCUAUGGUUAUAUUGAGACAACAAGAUCCAAGGAUGUUUGUGGAGUUUGCGGUAAUGAGGUAUGAUGGAGGACCUGAAAGAAUAGUGGUAUUCAAUCGGACUGAUCUAAGUGUACGCAGUAGUUGCAAAAAAUACGAGAAUGAAGAAAUUUUAUGUGGGCAUGCGUUGAAGGUGUUUGAUACCGUGGGCAUAAAGACAAUUCCUCCGGAAUACGUUAAGAGGCGAUGGACAAAAAGACCUCGAGCUGGGGACUGUUUUGAUCGGCGAGGACGGGAAAUUGUGGUUGAUCCAAAAGUAAUCAUUUCAACUCGUUAUCGGGAACUCGCUCCAACCAUGAUUAAGGUCGCAACUCGAGCAGCAAUGUCGGAGGACACCAGCAAAGUAGUAAUCACCGUCAUAUCCAAUUUGGCAAAGAGAGUUGAGCUCCUCCUCUCAGAAAGUGAAGAGCAACCUUCACAAAAUCAUAAAAAUCUGAAUGUGGAGGAACGAGAUAAAAUUGAAAUUGUAAAUGAAAUGGGAGAGGCAAUAGUCGCAAGAGGCAUUAAGAAACGAGGCUGUGAGAAGAGAAGUAGAGUGAUGCGAAGUUGGGUCGAUAAAUUUGAUAGAGUAAAAAGAAAAUCUAAAUUGUCAAGAACUACAGAGACUACGGUCUCAGAAUCGAAGCCGACAUCGAUUGAAUUUGAUGAACACAUAUUUAUGGGAUGUCGCUCAUCUACUGACUCAGCGCAUUCAAGGAGCCAGUCAGUGAAUGGCCCUCCAAAUGCUGUUGCUCCCGAAAUCGAAGAAAGUGAAAUGGAGGAGCGUGCGGCAAUUUCAACACACUGUGAUAUUGAUGGAUAUAAUGUAUUUUCACCAUCACCACAGGAAAGAAAUAACACCCAGGGAUUGCGACUAACUGUUGACGUCGCCACCCCUCAGAUGCAGGUUGAUGAAUGA